CACACUUGUCGAAUCUCCAUCCCCAUAAAUCUCUCACUCCUAUGUUUUAUAACUCCCACACUCCACCGGCAACAAACUCGCCAUCUCUCUCCACCCCACCAAAACAAAACAUGGUCUCCCAAUCCACCAGUUUACCCUUAAACUUCCUCAUCUACGGUCGAACCGGCUGGAUCGGCGGUCUACUUGGCAAAAUCUGCGAAUCCCAAAACAUCAACUACACCUACGGCUCCGGCCGGUUGGAGUCACGCGCCACCCUCAUCGCCGACAUUGCCGCCGUGAACCCGACCCACGUGUUCAACGCUGCCGGAGUCACCGGCCGGCCGAACGUUGACUGGUGUGAGUCUCACAAAGUGGAGACUAUUAGAACUAAUGUUGUUGGUACGUUGACUCUUGCUGAUGUGUGUCGUGAAAAGGGGUUGAUUUUGGUUAAUUGUGCUACUGGGUGUAUAUUUGAGUAUGAUUCGGAGCAUGAACUCGGGUCGGGUGUCGGGUUUAAGGAGGAGGAUAGUCCGAAUUUUGUUGGGUCGUUUUAUUCCAAGACUAAAGCUAUGGUGGAAGAAUUGCUCAAAAACUACGAUAACGUAUGCACAUUACGCGUUCGCAUGCCUAUAUCUUCAGAUCUUACAAACCCACGAAACUUCAUCACGAAAAUAAGUCGUUAUGACAAAGUGGUCAACAUCCCAAACUCCAUGACCAUUCUUGAUGAACUCCUCCCAAUCUCCGUAGAAAUGGCUAAAAGAAACCUAACCGGGAUCUACAAUUUCACAAAUCCGGGCUGUGUUAGCCACAAUGAGGUCUUGGAGUUGUAUCGCGAGUACAUUGACCCGAGUUACACGUGGAAGAACUUCAAUCUUGAGGAGCAAGCAAAAGUGAUCAUCGCACCAAGAAGCAACAACGAGCUCGACACCACCAAGUUGAAAACUGAAUUUCCGGAGCUCUUAUCGAUCAAAGAAUCACUAGUGAAGUAUGUGUUUGAGCCAAACCGAAAGACACCCAUUGCAGCCUAACCGUAAGGUUUGAAGUUGCGCUUGUUACGCGUUUUCUUGAUGAUAUUGUUGGUGUAUGUUCAAAUUGACAAGGUGGUCUUUGAUAAAAUUGCGUAUUUUUCUUGAGUUUUGUUUUCUGGAUUGUUUUGAUUAAUAAAAUUGUUGGAAAUGAUAGUUUGAUAAGCA